UAUAGUGAUAUGACGAUCGAGUGUGGCUGGGAACCCUUUUUCGUACAUCAGUGUAUAGUAUGCCCGCAGUGCGAAUACUUCGAGCAGUUCUGCAGCAGGGGACUCUAUCACAAUUUUCUCUCCGAAAACGAGCUUCUAGUCGCCAAAAUGGUGGGCUACCUAUACACCGGAGAUUACACUGUUGAAAAUGACAGCUGGAAUGAAAGGCCAACCAAACCGAACGACCCUACAGCUUACCUGAUGGCCGUUCCAGACGUCACCACCUCGAUCGGCCAUCUUACCUUCCACCUGAAAAUGUUGGCUCUAGCGGAAAAGUUGUAUAUUCCUGGUCUCAUGAAGACGGCAGAGCACCAUGUUGUGAAAGCACUGAAUGGAAUGCGUAGCAAAGACUCAUUCCGCAACGCUAUUCGUGAAAUUUACUCUGCUCCAUUCGAGUACAUGUACAUAAUUCGAUCUGUCGCCGUAGACUACCCCAUUGCCAACAUGAAAAAAUUGAGAAGCGCUGGGUGCACAGGUUCUGAGAAGGCUUUGGACAAUACUUUUCUGAGGGAAUUCCCAGAAUUUUCGAACGAUCUUCUGUUGGAAAUGGUAGAUCAAUUCUAA